AAAAUGGGUUUUAUAACUCGAUUUUUAGUUUUCAUGUCACUCUUCACCGGUUUGGUUUCUGGAUUUGCUCUACAAAAGCUUCCUUUUAUACAGUUCGACGAAGGUUACACACAUCUCUUUGGUGACCAGAAUCUGAUUGUUCACAGAGAUGGAAAAUCUGUCCGGUUAACGCUUGAUGAGAGAACCGGUUCUGGAUUUGUCUCAAAUGAUAUUUACUUGCAUGGCUUCUUCAGUUCUUCUAUCAAAUUACCAGCAGAUUACUCUGCAGGAGUUGUUAUCGCCUUUUAUCUAUCAAAUGGAGACUUGUAUGAGAAGAAUCAUGAUGAGAUUGAUUUUGAGUUUUUGGGGAAUAUUAGAGGCAAAGAAUGGAGGAUUCAGACGAAUAUAUACGGAAAUGGAAGCACACAUUUGGGCAGAGAAGAAAGAUAUAAUCUUUGGUUUGAUCCAACAGAGGAUUUUCAUCAAUACAGUAUCCUCUGGUCUCUUUCUCACAUCAUAUUUUAUGUAGACAAUGUUCCGAUCAGGGAAGUCAAACGCACGGCGUCAAUGGGUGGUGACUUCCCGGCGAAGCCAAUGUCUUUAUACGCAACCAUAUGGGAUGGCUCCAAAUGGGCCACUGAUGGAGGCAAGUACGGUGUAAAUUACAAAUAUGCCCCUUACGUCGCUCAAUUCACUGAUCUGAUACUCCACGGCUGCGCCGUUGACCCCACCGAGAAGUUUCCGAGCUGCGAAGAUGGAGCGGUCGAGAAUCUCCAGCUAGCUUCAGAGAUAACGGAGUCUCAGAGGAACAAGAUGGAGAUUUUCCGACAGAAACACAUGACUUAUUCGUAUUGUUACGAUCAUAUGAGGUACAAGGUGGUUUUGGCGGAGUGUGUGGUGAAUCCGGCCGAGGCUAAGCGUCUCAGGGUUUAUGAUCCGGUCACGUUCGGUGGGAUCCCUCGCGGUCACCGUCGUGGGAAGCACCGGAGCAGGAGCCGUUUAGCCGGAACUGAGUCAAUAUGAACCGGUGUAUAUUGUUCAGCUAGAGGGCAUUUUUGGCAUUUUCUGUCUUGUAUAGGAAUAUGAAUUAUGGACUGAAUAAUGGAAUGACACCGGGAUAUUUUGAUUUCCAUAAAAAUUAUCGUUUAAC